CCCCGCCCCCGCCGUGACGUAGCGAGCGCGGGUUGGCCCAGAGGCGCGGGGGCGGGGCCAGGCGGGCGGCGGGCUCUGGAAGGUUCCGCCAUCGCCUCAGUGAAGCGGCGGCGGCCGGGGAGGAGGCGGGAGGGGGGGCGGUCGGCGGCGGCGGUCGGCGGGAUGGGGAAGGACUAUUACCGCACGUUGGGGCUAUCCCGGGGCGCCUCGGGGGAGGACGUGCGGAAGGCUUACCGCCGGCAGGCCCUGCGCUUCCACCCUGACAAGAACAAGGAGCCGGGGGCCGAGGAGCGCUUCAAGGAGGUGGCCGAGGCCUACGACGUCCUCAGCGACCCCAAGAAGCGGGAGAUCUUCGACAAGUACGGGGAGGAGGGGCUGAAAGGGGGAGCCCCGACCUCCGGCCCGGGAGGGUCCAAUGGCCCCACCUUCACCUACACCUUCCGGGGCGACCCCCACGCCAUGUUCGCCGAAUUCUUCGAUGGUCGCAACCCCUUCGACACCUUCUUCGUCCAACGCAACGGGGACGAUGAGGACGGCGAAGACACCUUCACCACCUUCCACGUAGGAGGUUUCGGUAGCGUCGGCUUCCCCCGGGGUCGGGGAGGGGCGGAAGGCGGCUGUCGUAAGCAAGACCCCCCAGUCCUCUACGAUCUGAAGGUCUCCCUGGAGGAGAUCUACAGCGGUUGCACCAAGAAGAUGAAGAUCUCCCACAAGCGCCUCAACCCCGACGGGAAGACGGUGCGUAACGAGGACAAGAUCCUCACCAUCGAGGUGAAGCGGGGUUGGAAGGAGGGCACCAAGAUCACCUUCCCCAAGGAGGGUGACCAGACCCCUAACAACAUCCCCGCCGACGUCGUCUUUGUCCUCAAAGACAAACCUCACGGCGUCUUCCGCCGGGAGGGCUCGGACAUUGUCUACCCAGCAAAGAUCAGCCUCCGCGAGGCCCUCUGCGGCUGCACGGUCAACGCCCCCACGCUGGACGGCCGCACCAUCCCCAUGGUCUUCAAGGACGUCCUCAAACCGGGGGUGAAACGUCGCAUCCCGGGGGAGGGGCUGCCCUACCCCCGCACCCCCGACCAACGCGGGGACCUCAUCAUCGAGUUCGAGGUCAAGUUCCCCGACAGGAUCCCCCCCUCCUCCAGGACCCUCCUGGAGCAGAUCCUGCCUGUCUAGCUGCCCCCCCCCCCCCCACCCUGACCCCCAAACCCGGGCUUGGGGCGGGGGGGGGGGGGGGUUUGGACCUCUUUGGGACCAUGCUGGGGUGGGGGGGGGGCUCCUCGGGCAUCUCCAGGGUUGGGGAGGAGGGGCGGGGAGUGUGUUUCUGGGGGUCCUACCCCCCCCCCCCCCCCCCCAAUCUUGGGGGUCUGGGGAUGCCGAGGUGACCCCGACCCUCUGUCUUAAGGCUUUGGGGAUGGGUGGGGGGGUCCUCAGCCCCCCCCUCGUGUCUGUUUUGGGGGUCCCCAGGUGUCCUCAUCCCCCCCCAUCACCCCUCUCUGCUCUGGGGGUCCUGGGGGUGUCCUUGUUGUCGUCCCCCCCCCCCCCAGGCUCCCCAUCUCCUUGGGUGUCUCCCCCCCCACCUCUGGGGGUCUCUGACUAUCCCUGUCCCCCCCCCCCCAUCUUGGGGCUCCCCCUGUUCUUAUCCCCCCCAUCUUGGGGGGUCUGUCUCCUCUCCCCCCCCCCCACCAGGAGGGGGGAGGGGAGCCCCCCCGAGGGGGAUUUUGGGGGGUGGGGGGGGGCCGCGGGCGGCUCGGGGCGGGGCAGGGCGGGGCCCUCUUAUCCUUUGGGAUAAAACCGCCCGGAAAAGGGUCUGUUCCUGCAACAGGAGCGCACGUGUACGGCUUUGUAUAAAGCGCUGAAACCUC